AUGGGUGUCCCUGAACUUGUGCAACUACCUAUUAUUGAACAAAUAUUUAAGAAGGUCGUUGAUGUGGCCGUCCCCAAGCUGCAUAUUAUGCAUAUGGUUGCCAUUUUGGACAUCACCUAUGUGGACAGCGGCGGACUUUUUCCCGCAAUUAAACCAGCAAUUCGGCGUUUGGAGAGAGUGAGACUUGAUAGUUUGGAUGAAGCUACUAUUACACGGACGCCUUCAUGUGUUAUUUGCUUGAAGGACCUGGAUCUACAACAUAUGGUUAUUCGACUACCUUGCUCGCACGUUUGUCAUGUGGAUUGCAUUGUUACUUGGCUGGAGACGAGUCACUUUUGCCCAGUGUGCCGAUAUUCAAUGCCGUUUGACAUCCGAGACUACAUAGACCAAGGUGCAAGCCCUAUAAUAUCGAUAUCCGAGGGCACAAGCUCAGGCAAAGGUGCAAACUCUUCAAUACCCGAGGGCUCAGGCCAACGUGCAAACUCUUCAACAUCCGAGGGCUCGCAUGACGUCGUCUGUGCUCGGCUGGAGGCGGCGACCGAGAAUCCUGCUAUAGAUGUAAUUUGA